GGGCCAUGAAAGAAUUACCAUUUUGAGAUUUAUAAGUUGUCCAUGUCGAAAUGAUAAAUAGUCACCUGCUGCCCUCAUGUGGAGUUUUGCUCUUUGAUGUUUUUUCUUGAAGCACUUUGUUUUACACCUCGGUGUUUUUCGCUUGUGAAGUGCCCCAUGUCUGCUGGCUUGUUUAUGACCUCCAUGUCAGGGUUCAAAGCAGGGGCAUCUUGAAGCAUUCUGCGGGUCUGCCUGACUGCUGCUCCUCUUUAUUGCGUUGUUUUGGGAGCUGUGGAAUGGGAAGUGCAGAUUUUUUUUCUGGACAGGAUGUAGAGUCACUGCUGUAAUGUAGGAUACAGCCCCCCCUACUCCAUUCUGACACAGAGCUGGCUCACGGCUGCACGAGUCCGCAUCUGGAGACGACAGGAAGCACAUUUCUCUGCAUCUGGAUUGAAGUCAUUGCUUCUGUAGCGGCUGUUUAUUUUUUUUUUUAGCACGAGAACACGUAACCCGGGCCGGAUACAGAUUCAGUUGAUGAUGACUCACCUCUGGACCCUUCUCUCAGUCCUGCUGUUGGUUUUGUCUGAAGCUCUGAACAACCCUGAGGAAAAUGAUAAUGAAGUUAUGAAACUCACAGGGGUGGAGCUCUCAAAGAGCCAGGUGACUGAAAAUGCCAUUGGAAAUCUGAGUGAAACACAGAGCAACACACCUACUACAUUAGCAGCUCCCUUGAGCACAACAGGUUCUGUGAGCAGCAGUUCAGCUCCUCAGUGUCCAGGAAACCAAGUGAUGCUGGAGAACAUCACACACUGUGGCUGUCCUUCUGGUAUGGUGAAGGAUGGAGACAACUGCACCUGCCCUGUGGGCUUCUCUCUGGAUGGAGCUGCAGGCUGUAAAGAUGUUGACGACUGUGAAGCAGAGGAGCCAGGACCAUGUGGUCUCCAUGCCAGCUGCACUAAUACCCCUGGCUCUUACUCAUGUAGCUGUCUCCGUGGUUACCUGAUGGGUUCUGUAGGAUGCCAGGACAUAGACGAGUGUGCUUUGGCUGCAGUGACGGGCCUGCAGGCCUGUCAAGGGGACGCAGAGUGCACAAACACCCCUGGUUCCUUCACAUGCUCCUGUCGUCAUGGAUAUGUAAUGGCACUUAAUGGAAGAAGCUGUGUAGACGUGGAUGAGUGCAGCUUCGAGGAGCAGUGUCGUCGUGAACUGGGAAAUGUGUGUGUGAACACUCCGGGCAGCUUUGUUUGUCAGUGCCAGCCAGGCUUCAGAGCAGAGGCCCCCGCCUGUGUCGGUCCUGUGUGUCCAGACUACACCGUGUGUCAAGAUGUAGAUGAAUGUGUGGAGAGUCCUGCGGUGUGUGAUGGUCAAGGUGUCUGUGAGAACACGCUUGGGAGCUACAAGUGUGUUUGUCGACCGGGUUACCGGGGAAACGGCACACACUGCGAAGACGAGAAUGAGUGUGCAUCAGGUGGUCACGGGUGUGACACAAAUGCUCGAUGUGGCAACAUCAUUGGCUCGUAUUUCUGCCAAUGCUACCAUGGCUAUAACGGCGAUGGACACUCUUGUUUUGACAUAGAUGAGUGUGCUGUGAACAACGGCCACUGUGAACACAACUGCUCCAAUGAACAGGGAGGGUACAGCUGCCAAUGUGGCUCAGGCUUCCAGCUCCACCAGGAUGGACACAACUGCACAGAUGUUGAUGAGUGCUUGGCGCAGAAUGGGACCUGUGGGCACAUUUGCAUCAACACUCAGGGAUCGUUUCAGUGCUCCUGCAGGCCCGGCUACCAGCUGCACAUUGAUGUUCACACCUGUGUUGACAUUGAUGAAUGUAAACUCCAGAAUGGCGGUUGCUCUCACACCUGCAGCAACUCUCCAGGAGGACACACCUGCCACUGCCCUCCUCCUCUGCUGCUCGACACAGACAACCUCUCCUGCAGCAAUGUAACAUCUUGCAAUCUUAGAAAUGGUGGCUGUGACCAUGUUUGUGCGGUGAAUGCAGAGGGACAGGUCCAGUGUAACUGUCGAAAAGGCUGGAAGUUGGGCGAGGACCACCGGAGCUGCGUUGAUGUCAAUGAGUGUGGGGACUUUACGAACGGAGGCUGUGAGCAGCUCUGUUUGAACCACCCAGGUGGAUUCAACUGCACCUGCAGAGAAGGGUAUCAAGUACAAACGGACGACCUCACAAAGUGCAAGCCUGUGUGUGAGCCUCCCUGUCAAAACUAUGGAGUGUGUGUGGCCCCAAACAGCUGUGACUGUCCUCCAGGUUACCCUGGACUCGGCUGCUUAGCCAUGUGCUCCCCGCCCUGUGCUCAUGGAGGCACCUGUAUGCGCUGGAACGAGUGCCUGUGUCCUCCUGGUUGGACCGGUGCUGGCUGCCACACAGCGGUGUGUGAGCUGCCCUGUGCUAACGGUGGGCGCUGUGUGGGGCCCAAUACCUGCCAGUGUCCCUCUGAUUACACCGGCCCCCAGUGCCUCUUACCCCUGUGCACUCCUGCCUGUCUGAACGGGGGAAGAUGUGUAGAUGUCAACCAAUGCAUAUGUGUUGGUGGAUGGCAAGGCGCUCGGUGUCAGAGAGAGCCUGUUGUGUGUCACAAACCUUGUAAGAACGGUGGAGUUUGUGUCGGCCUCAACAGGUGCCAAUGUGCCAAAGGAUUUACUGGAGACUUAUGUGAAACAGCUGUGACCACCCCCUGUAUACCACCCUGCCAACAUGGGGCUACCUGCAGUCCUCACAACACCUGUUCCUGUCCUGAGGGCACAGCAGGCCUGCGCUGUGAGAAACUGACAUGCCCUGUGGUCACCACUGUGGUCAGCAUGGCUCGGGCAGUGAGAAAGGCCUUUAGGGAAAGUUAUGUUGACCGGUGUGGACCCCUUGGAGUUCAGCUUUGCACUAAAUACAGAAUAAACCAGGCACGUGUGUACCUGCAAGCCUACAGAGUGGGCUACAAAAUCCAGUGUCCACAGAGGAAGGGCAGGUGAAGCAUUUGCAUCUCACCCUGAGGAAACAACCAACAGACAACAUUUGGGGAAACAUAAUAAGGCAUGGCACAAGAAAUUGAAUGAGAUGUUCAAAGACCUUUAAUAAAGCCUCUAUUUGCCUCAAGCUUGUUUACAUGCUCUGUGACGUAUUCUGAAAACAAUCUUUGAAUCAAUUUUCUACAAUAUAAAUUGUUGUUAGCAUUGUGAUAUAAAUAUUCCUUAGAAUAAA